AUGUCGCCUCCCAUUCUUUCAAAGCUGUGGCCAGGUCCUCCGGAGUCGAGCGAGAAGGCUCCCGGCCAGGGCUUCCUGGCUCGCCGGCCAGCUAUACCGCACCGUAUCAUGCACUCGCUCAUAUACUUGGUUGCGUUUGUUAUGCUGCUGCUCGUGCAGAUAGGCAAUCUAUCAGACCGACUUGUCCUGCGCGACAUCUACUUUCUCAAGAUUGAUCUCUCCAAUAUCAUUCCUUUGACCGUGCCUAACGCCGUCCUCAUCAACAGUAUUGCUCGAACCAUAGGACUGCACGAUUUCUACCAGGUUGGCCUCUGGGGAUUCUGCGAAGGGUACGAAGACGGCUCUGGCAUCACUCGCUGCUCCAAGCCAAAGGCGAUGUAUGCCUUUAACCCAGUCGAGAUUAUCACCAGCGAGCUACUCGCCGGCGCCACAAUUGUCCUACCUAGUGGAAUCACCCGUGCCUUGAACAUCGCCCGAGUAGCUUCAAACUGGAUGUUUGGCUUCUUCAUCACCGCUACCAUCCUCACGUUCCUCUGCAUGAUCCUUACUCCCUUCUCCAUACCCUCAUCGGCAACCAUCCUAUCGGCACCAAACUAUUCCUCCUACUACCGCGCAAAGAGAAGAGCUGCCCCGAGCAAGAUAGCUAUCCCCAUUGCCAUCCUUGCGUGGGGCGCCUGGUUCACUGCCUCUGCCGGAGCCGCCGUUGCAACAGUCAUGUUCGUCAUCUUCCAGAUCGUCUUCGAGAAUAACGCCGCAGACCUUAACAUUCAUGCCGAGCUGGGCAUCGUCAUGAUGGCGCUCAUGUGGAUCCCCGUUGCGCUCGUUACUAUUGGAUUUCUCCUACAACUUCGCAAGCUGGUUGGCUCAUGUCGCAACUGCUGCUUUUACUGCUGCUGUUGCUGUCUUUUCCCGUCUGCCAGGAAAGCCCAUCAAGAAGCGAAGUUCACGAGGUAG